ACAACAAGGGAGCCGGAGCAAGUUCAAGAGAAAGAGAGCGCAAGCGGAAGCGCGUGCCGCUAAAGUUUACGGAAAUAAAAUUGAACACAAAAAAGUUCAAAGCGCAAGCCCCCCUCAAGAGGCUUAUUUGUCCUCCUCAUCAGCAACUGCAGCAGCUGACAAUAACGCGUCGAUUCUUAUUAAACAAUUUACGAUCCAAUUAAACAACAAUUUACACCAAGAGAGAGUGAACGGAGUGGAGUAGAGUGGAUUGGAUUGGAUUGGAUUGGGAAGUAGAGGAAGAGUCACCAAAAAUAAACGGCGAAAAUGUGGCCCAACUUUUAUGCUGUCAUUUCCAUGCUGUGCCUUGCACUCGUCGCCAUCGGCGCCCAUGCUGGACCCGUGCCAAUUGUGAAUGAGCACCAACAGCUGAUGCCCAAGGUGCCCCAAUGGCAUUGUCUGCGCUACUUCAAGCACGACGUCUUGAUGAUGCGUCGCUGUCGCCACUUGCGUGUACCAACGGCGCCGCGGCUGGGCGAUGUCCUCAAGCGAAAGAAGAAGUAAAGGGAAUCGAUCCAAGACAAGACAAUCAUCGUCAAUACUCUUUAAACGACUGAGCAAUUGAGCUAAUAUAUAGCCACAAAAAGGAGAUUUUUAUACCCAGACCAAAGUUAAACCAUACUAAACUAUAUACGAAAACAAAUUAAUUAUAAACUUAAGAUACGUCUAACCCAUUGUACUUCAUAGAUGCGUAAGGUUUCAAUAAAAACAAUAACUUUGAGAACUGUUCAUACAUAA